AUGCUUUCACUGUCCCGCUUUACCAUGUUACCUAUUUCUAUUGUUCUUAGGCCAAGUAUAUGCUUUAGGAAGUUAUAUGCCAGCUUUGGAUUUGCAUUGUCCGCUGAAGAACAACUAUCUGAAGCGCUGGUUCCUAUCGCAGUGAGCAGUUGUCUGCAGUGGUUUAGACAAGCUUUCGACUCGCUAAAUCAACCUUCCGAGCUACACGAAUUCAUCAGGGAUCACGUGGAACUUCUUUGCAACCUAAUGACGCUGGAUCGCCGGCGACACAACUGUCAAUCCAAUUUUGUAAGUUUGGCAGUUUCGCUCGUCUGCUCGAUAUCUCCACUCUAUCUGCUACCCCAGGGCCCCUCCGAUAGCAGGUCCUUCAUUGAUGAAACAGAUUGCCUAGACACAGAUCCUGGCGUCGGUGUUGAAGCUACUCCGGACUCCGAUCUCAUUCUUCUCAACGACAGCCGUCGACUUAAAAUUGCCUCCUCCGCUCUCUGUCGGUUCUCACAGGCCCUGGUCCACACAUACCGCUGGCUACCGAUGCUCCAAGAGCAAUCGGAUCUUAGUUUGGCUUGCAGCUGGGGACCAGCGAUCAUGGCUGAGUGGAUGGACUCUAAGGUUGUCAAUUUGAAUGAGACACUUGCUCAUACCGAUUCGCCAGAAGCUGACUUCGCUGGCCUCGACAAGACAGCCAUGUCGGGGGCUUCAGAAUGGUAUCGUUUGAUAGCACACACUGGGCAAUAA